AAUGGCUGCCACUUAGGAAGUUGAUUGUCAAACCCGUUAUCGAGAUUGAUUAUUUGAAACAUCUAGCAGUGGGCUGACAAACAGAGACGUAAACAAUGGUUGAAAGUAAACCCGACAGCGGCUUCUCUUUAGAAGAUUUAACGCCUGCAGAACGUGAGCUUCUAACUUGUAUUCGAGAAAAGAAGAAUCGUAUUUUGUUGGAAAUCCAGGAGUUGAAAAGGGAGAUUGAAGAUGUCACAUCGGAGCUGGAUGAGAUGGAUAUGGCAGACGACAACAAACCUGAUCCAAAACAACGGCAGAUUUCCACUGGGAAAAAGAAAUUCAAUAUGGACCCUAAGAAGGGGAUUGAAUAUCUGAUUGAGAAUGGACGCCUACAAAAUGUACCUGAAGAUGUAGCCAAGUUUCUGUUCCAAGGUGAAGGACUAAACAAGACAGCAAUCGGAGAAUAUCUAGGAGAAAAGAAUGACUUUAAUAUUGCGGUCCUCAAGGCGUUUGUGAAUCUGCAUGAGUUUUCCGACAUGAUUCUAGUCCAGGCCCUCAGACAGUUCCUGUGGAGUUUCCGUUUGCCGGGAGAGGCUCAGAAGAUCGACAGGAUGAUGGAGUGCUUUGCUGCACGGUACUGCGUGUUGAACGACAGAGUCUUCUCCAAUACAGACACAUGCUACGUGCUGUCAUUUGCCAUCAUCAUGCUGAACACCAGCCUGCACAACCCGAGUGUCAAGGACAAACCGUCAGUUGAGAGAUUCAUCGCCAUGAACAAGGGAAUCGACGGUGGCAAGGACCUGCCCGAAGAUCUGCUCAUUAGCCUGUAUGAGAGCAUCAAGAAGGAACCAUUCAAGAUCCCGGAAGAUGAUGGCAAUGACUUGAUGCACACAUUCUUUAACCCGGUCAAGGAAGGCUGGCUGUGGAAACAAGGUGGCCGAUACAAGAAUUGGAAGCGCCGUUGGUUUAUUCUCAAUGACAGUUGCCUCUACUACUUCCAAUACACUACAGACAAAGAGCCUAAAGGAAUCAUCCCACUGGAGAACAUCAGCGUGCGUGAGGUGCCCACCGAGAAGAUCAACAAGCCCAACUGCUUCGAGCUGUACUCGGCCGGCACUGAGGUCAUCAAGGCAUGCAAGGUCGACGGAGAUGGCAAGGUCGUUGAAGGUCGUCACAAUGUGUACAGGAUGUCAGCAAGCAGCACAGACGAGAAGGAAGAGUGGAUACAGUGUAUCAAGACAAGUAUACACGACAAUCCCUUCUAUGAUAUGUUAGCUGCAAGAAGGAAUAAAGCAACAGGCACAUCUGGUAACAGUGGUUGAAGACUGAAGAAUUACACAAUAUCGUUUUUAAAGCAUAGUCUAUGAAAAUAGGAAACAUUUGAGUCGUACACAAUAUUUAGAUACUGUGUGUUGAAGGUAUAGGCUAACUGAUAAAACACAACACUGAAUCAUGUGUUUGUUUAUCAUACAAUGAUGAUAUGGUUUGCAGUAUCUUAUCUUGAAGCUUUUAACACAUAAACCUGAGACCUAAUUCACUAAACUCUCAAAACUUUGCGAUCUCCCAGUACAGUGCAAAAGGACUUGCAAUAAUGGUGUGAUGCUGCUUAAGAAAGCCUAAGAGAGAUUUGUGAAUUAGGCCUCUUGUGUGCUUUUUAGGAAUGAGUGUACUUGAGUGGGACCUUUUUCUGUUUUUAUAAGAGAUUAUUUUGUAUUACAAUAAUAUUCAGACAAUAUUUUCUGUCUAUCUGGUCGCAGAAAGAAAUACUGUGCUUCCAGAAUAUAUACUAUGACCGUCCAGUUGGCAACACAUUUAUGAUUGUCAGGCUCCAUGCUUGUAAAUCUGUCAUAAUCUGAACUCUUAGUAAACCUUUCGCUAUCAGGCAUGUAGUUAUUAAACGUGGGCUUUAAGCUGGGGAGAUGGGUACAAAUAGUCAGUAAAAAAUGCUAAGAUGAUGAGCUUACUGUGGAAAAAGGUAGGUGUGGAUGGAGUUUGUGUGUGUGUGUGAGACAUUAGUUCGUUAGUGUUACACAGAACAAUGAAGUUUACUAAUCCGUAGCCUAGACUACAGAUAUACAAGUAUUGAUCCUAAUAAUUUGAAUGUGUAUUUUGUAUUCCAACUUCUGAUGUUGAGGUUAUUUUUUUAUGAAAUGUUUAUGUAUAUAUAACAUUCAUAAUUAUCAACACUUUCACAAGAGUACAGUCUAUAUGCUGGAGGGUGGGUUGGGAGAGGGUUAGUAUCGGUGUGCAUUUUUAAGACAGACAAAAUAUUUCAUUAGAAAUAUUCCUUAUGAAAUGAACAUUUUUAAAGUGUGGUUUUUAUGAGAGGUGAGGGAAGGAGCACGGUUUGUAAGCUCUUGUAACUGCUGAUACUUGUAAACGGUUCCCAAGAUGUAGACAUAGCUUGAGGAGAUGCAGUAGUGUUGCCAUCUUAGUCGUCUGUGUGUUGUUUUUAUUGGCAGAAUGUGACAAGUGUGAUAUAGUGACUGGCUAGUUUAACAUACGAGGGGUAAAAAAAAACCCUGUUCUUGACCUAACUAGGAAGGGACCAUGUGCAUUCAUGACAUGAUAAUGCCAGACUGAUGGUUAACCACUUGGUAUAUAGCCAGCGAAGUAGGCAUCUCACAAGAAAGAAUUCAGGACAUCCCCAGAUCUAGCACCAACUAGCAUCCAUUUACUAACUGAAAAACAAAGUUAGCUGGAUGUUGAGGGUUUUUUUAACCUACAGGAAGAAUUCUUCUCGGAGGGAGUCAGAUACUGCAGGAUCAUUGAUAGAAGUGUGUGGACCUCUAAAAAGAAUAUGUUGAUAAUAGCAUUCCCAUAGAGUACGUCUGUCCUGGACCUCUAAAGGGACUAUGUUGAUAAUAGCAUUCCCAUAGAGUGUGUCCGUCCUGGACCUCUAAAGGGACUAUGUUGAUAAUAGCAUUCCCAUAGAGUGUGUCCGUCCUGGACCUCUAAAGGGACUAUGUUGAUAAUAGCAUUCCCAUAGAGUACGUCCGUCCUGGACCUCUAAAGGGACUAUGUUGAUAAUAGCAUUCCCAUAGAGUACAUCCGUCCUGGACCUCUAAAGGGAAUAUGUUGGUAAUAACAGAUAGGCUUCCCAUAGAGUACGUCCGUCCUGGACCUUCAAAGGGACUAUGUUGGUAAUAACAGAUAGGCAUUCCCAUAGAGUAGGUCCAUCCUGGACUGCUAAAGGGACUAUGUUGGUAAUAACAGAUGGGCAUUCCAAUAGAGUAAGCACUUGUAAGACUUACCUCAGAUGUACAACAUACAUAAUGUGAGGUGUAGUCUGACGUAAGUGUUAUGAGUGCUUUGUGUUAUAAAACGUUUUAGACUCUUAAAUGUUUUAUAUACAUAAGCACAGGCCCAGGUUAGGCUGAGAACUGUUUGAUCAGCCCUCAUAUGAGCUUCAGACCACGACAGGCGGUUUUUUGCAAUUCCAUCUGUUGUACCAGUUUAUCAAACCACCUUGGAGCUCCUUUCUUGCUUGUUUUGCUUUGAAACUAGAACCCUUCAUGUCUAGUUUGUUUUAUAUAUUUUUUCAAAAUAUUUUGGGCUCCCCUAUGGUGGGGCUCUGUACCGUGGUUUAUUUGAUAUAUACAUGAUCUGGCCCCAUACUUUUUUUAAAGUCUAGACUGAAAAUCUCUAAUAAUGUCUUGAGACUUUAAUGCAUAUAAUGCAUACAAAUUGCAAGCGAUGUCAUUAAAGAUUUGAUUUUAGAUUCUAAAAGUUCUACAAGCAUGGGCCUUGUAUUUCCAUAGCAUAUUUUGUGUAUAGCUUAACUGGUUAUUCUAACAGGCCUGUAUGAACCUGGACAAGGCAGGGAGGCACCCCCCACCCCCCAACACACACACACACACACACACUUGAAGACGAAAAUGUAAAAAAUGUUUGUCCUACUCUAUAAGGGUAAAUAACUGGAUUGUGCACACACACACCCCACCAUUUCAAUUAUUGGUUCCUACAGGCCUGUCUAAUGUUUGUGAUUGUGUUCAGAGAGUGUAUAAUAUGUAGUUUAAUAAAUAGCUUACAUGGUGCUUAAUAGAAAUCUUGACACAUUUAUGUCUGAUGUUCAUGUCUGUGAGCAUAUGAUAUGAACAGCCAAUGAUUGUUAACUUCUCCGCUACCUCACGACUUGUGUAUCACAAGGGGGAGUAUGAGAAAUGAAAUAAUAUGUAUGUCAGUUUACUUCAAUGGCGAUACUGACAAUUUUAUCCAAAGCUAGGGGUCCUGGGGCUAAUAUCUUUUACAAACGGUUUUAUUUAAGAGAAAGUGAGAGAGGGACAGGACUGAGAUAUACUAAGUUCCCAGAGUCCUCUGCUUGAUGAUUGAUAUUAGAUGCACCCAGCUGUUACCUUUCAUGGUUAAGCUGAUUUAAAAAAAAAAAAAUUUAAGCUGCUGACCAGGCCUAGUUUAAACUAUUUUUGUUUUGGCUACCAUAUUGCCACUUUUUUUCACCUUUUUUUCACCGUUAACUUACAUUUAUCGAUUUUGGUAAAUCCAUAUUUCUAGUUCGACUUGAUUUUUGUAGUACUUCAAAAUUAAUCUUAUGAGAAACAAGAAACAUACUUAUGGUGAAAACUAGGGUCAGUAGGUUUAACCCACGGUAGUGUAUUUAUGCUUCAGUAUUAGGAUGCAGUGAAAUCCUGUUAGGGGGUUCCAGCUUUGAUCACAUGGUAGGGGUGGGAGGCAAUUUUUUUUAUAUAUAUAAGUUCACAACUCUCAAAAUAAAAUUGUAAUAAAAUCCUGUAAUCAAGUAUGCACAAACAAAAUUUCAGCAUACAAGGAAAAAAAUAAUUCCUAUAUGAUUACCCCCAUCCCCCACCCCCCACACACACUCCUACCCUUUUGAUCAGUUCUGGAACACCCCUUUGGCUGAAAUGCUAAUUCAACUUUCUGAAUUGUUGAUUAGUCCAGAAAUAACGCAUGUCUUGUGGUGCUCAUUUGUACACAUCUUCUGUGGGAUCAGUCAAUAAUAAUUUCCUCAGGCGUUCCAUUCAUGAGUUAAUGGCACACACUUAUUCCAAAAGCAAUAAUUAAUACAGUGUAUGUUUGUGUAUGUAAAUAAUGAAAUGAAGCUGAUGUGUUAAUUCAGUGUCAUUGUGAAUAAUUGAAUAAAAAAAAAAUCGACCAAUCAAAAAUAGCCAUUCAUAUAUUUGCCAUAGCUAUGGACAGCACAGCUGCCACAUCAUAUAAUAUUACCCAAGUGUUACUUAUUUUUGAUUGGUCCUUUAUUGGUUGCUAUGGAUUCAAAUCCUAUUUCUACCAGGGUUGGUAUGGAGCAUAUUAAUGGUGGGGAAAAAAAUCAAUACAUUUUACUGUAUAGUUAAUAAUUUCUAAAAUCAAUAGAGAAAAAUAUAACACUGUAUUAUAAUUAUAUUAUUAUUAUUAUUAUUAUUAUUAUUUACCUCUUCAAUAGUUAUGUCAUUCAUUAUAGUUUCUUUAUUUACUGUUGUUAAAAUUAAUGAAAAAAUUACACCUAUUCACAUUUCUGAAACUGCAUGCUUAUAUUUCAGCAAGUAUUGAAAAAAAAAAUACAUAUUAAUCAGACUGAAUUAUUAUACAUUUAUGUCUCCAAAAGUGGGGAUUUUUUUGAUUUUUUGAUUAUUUUUUUGAUUUUUGAAUAAAUACUUAGAAAUAAAAAAAAUAAAUAAAAAGUACCGUAACAUAUUUAUGUUUGUUAUUAUUUAUAUUCAAGAAUCUGGGUAAAAAUUCUAAAUAAUACUCCAUACAGCUACCUAUAUUUUCAAAAUGUUACAUUAUUAAAACUGUUUAUAUCUAAUCUAAUGACCAAAUUUGAUCAUUUAAUGUUGGGAAAUACUUGCUUUAUUUAUUAAUCACUAGCAUUGCAAAUGAUUUUGUUUUUGUUUUAAUUUUCCUCUACCUCUGAUGUCUCACAAGAAAAUCAUUCUAAAAACCUAUCUUGAUUCCAACCUUCUUUAAAAUAAUUUAUACUAGUACACACGGAUUCAUACAUUAAUAUGAUAUAGGUAUUCUUUUCGUAUUUAUAUGUGUUUUGUAUGAGUGUUUUAUAUUAAUGUAUGUGUUAAAUGUGUAAUGAACAUGUAUAUUUUUCUUUCUUUUUUAAAUGACUUUUUAUUACAAUUUAUUUCCAAGAUUUUGAUAGCUUCUGCCCAAAUGUUUGGGGGGUGGGGGGAUGUGAUGAGAUGAGAGAGAGAGAAAAAAGAAGAAUGUUUGUUAGCUUGUCCCUAUUUGGGAAAUUCAUACAAUGUAUUUAUAUAUACCGAACAAACUAGUUUUUUGCUUUUUGUAUACUUAGGUGUGUUAUAGGGUGGGUGUUUUUUUUCUUUUUUUGAGUGGCUUUCCAGUAUUUUUAGUGAUAUAAUAUUUUUUUUAAUUGGCGUGUACAUUGACUGUUUCUCACACCUCCAUUGAAUAUUGGCUCAAAUUUUAUCAAUGCAUCUUUUCUUUUUAACCUGUGAGUAACUAAAACCAUGAGAUUUAUUAGUAGUAUUUGUUUUAAUGAUAAACUAUUCAAAGCAACAUCAUUACUUGUAUUGUAAAUAAGUCACCUUUAUUUAGUUCACAUUCACUGUAUUAUAAUAUCAAUGUUAUUUGCACUACUCAUUGUAAAUAUGAUCUCCUUGGCCAUACUUUAUGCAACUUGUUCAUUAAUACAUGGAAUUUAUAAUUUUUCACCGAUUCUUGUUUCCCCCAUCUGAAUCUGAAUUUGUUUUAAUUUGGCCAAAGUAAUAUGGUCUUCUCCACUUGUAAAACGGAAAAAGCACCUUUUGGGAGAGGGAACCAACCACCCUUCUCUUCUGUUCAGAAGGUUAAGUGCUCAUGAAUAAUUCAACUGAUGCCAUCGGUUUUCUUUUCAACUUAACUGACCUCAAACAGUGGCAUAUUACCCUAUGUUAGUAAUCUAGUCCGAACAGUCCAACAUCCUGAUGCGCUCAGGGGAAAGAAGAAAGCUUCAAUCAUUUGACUAGAACAGGAAGCAGAGGACUCGUUGGAAGAUUUGAAUCUAUCCCAUUGGCUGUUGGGAUGUUCGGACCAGCCUACUAACAUAAAGAAAUAUGCCAUUGUAUGAGGUCAGGUCAAGUAUACUUAAAAGAGAAAAUUAUCCAAACUUUCUCCAUUCUGUCGUAUUAUAUUCAUCUAAUGUCAGGUGCAAAAACCAGUCCAGUGAGAAAAAGCAAUUGCUUACCUUCCUGAGCAUGCCUCCAGAUACACAAGUGAACACUAAAUGUAAAGACCAUUCUUAAAGUUAUGUCUAUAGUCCUUCUCAUCUUCCAAUAUCAAUGUUUUUUGCAAAUAUUUUCAGUUUGUUUUUAUGAAGAAAAGUAAAACUGUUCUCAGAUAUAAAUAAUUUGUUGUACAUACUAUAGUAAGAAAACGACUUUCCCAGGCAGGAAGGACUAUGGCCGAACCUUUGAAGCAGUCUCUUAAAAGCGUUCUCCCCAGAUCCAUGGAAAAACUCUCAAUGCCAUCUGCUACCGAUAUUUAUCAUUAUGUUCUUAUGCACCAUGUUUAUUUUGUCAUGUUUUUAUUGUGUAAUAUUUAUGAAUAUUAAAUACCUUUUAUCAUAAUAUUUAUGAAUAAUAGAUACUUGUAUCAUUCUGAUUAUAUACUCAAGCUUACGGAACAUAUAGGAUCAGUACUGUGCAAAAUUUGAAAGUAAACAAACAUCUUUACCAUUGCAUAACCAUUAAAACAGCCAGGUUUUCACCCUCAAAAGAUUAUGGGUAAAAGACGUACAUCUUUGACUGAUAUCACACAUUUAAACUGUUGGUGAUUCUCUAAAUAUUUCCCAAUAAACUUAUUUUUGUUUCUGCUAGUAAAUAAAAUAUUAGGUCGUAAUGUUUUUUAUGGGCAUGUAGCUCAAAGUAUAAUACUUUCAUUUCAAAACAAAAAUUACUCAAUUUUGGCAGGAAGCAAUUAUUAGUCAGCCUUGAUAGUUCCCCAUUAAUAAAUUAUGGUAAAUAUGUAAAUAAUCUAGUUUUACCAUCAAGUGCCAGCUAGUUGUGUGUUUGCACUUUGGAUUAAACAUUCAAAUUAUUUUUUCUGUAUUUUUUUAAUAUAUAUAUUUUUUAGUCGUCAUUUAACAUGUCAAGUUAAAAAAAGAUUUAUCAUUGUUACGGGAGUGAGGGGAGGAGGGGUAUAUUGGGUUUCAAGUGAUAACUUAGUCUACUGAAUUAAGAUAUUUUAAAUUGAAUGGCAAUAAAAUAUUUUUUAAUUUAGGAUAAUACUAAUCUGUAGAUUGAUACUGAGUUUACUUUAUAUAAUAUCUGAUUAUGGGGCUCUCAGAAUGUACAGAGGGUUUUUUUAAAAUUGUAAUGUCAAAACAAAUUCUUCAUAAACUUCAAAUCUCCACUUGAAAUGUAGAACCACACAGGUGGGAUCUAAUACAGAUGCAGACCAGCUGACACCACUUCAUAGAAUUGUGAGUGCACUACUUUACUUUAAUCCCCAUUACUUCUCUAUCCCACCACAUCUAUGUGGUAUACAAGACGAACAGUGGGCUGGCCCCAGUCUGUAGCUUAGUAGAAUUAUAUAUUUAUUUAUGAUUUCAUAUAUCCUCUUGGUGACCAAAACUAAUAAAACAUGUUUUUUUGAAGAUAUUUAAUACAUUGUAUAGAGGUUGGCAUACUGGUAAUAUUGGAAAGAAUUAUUAACCGUCAUAAUAUCUCUAAAAUGUAAAUAUUGGAUGACAUUUCAGAUUGUUCAAUUCUAGUCUCAUUGCUUAUUUCAAGAAAGGGGGGGUUUUUUUAGUGGAAAAAAAAUUAAUUGUAAAAACCCUUUUUGUUUUUAUUAGUAUUAAAUAUGGUUGUACACGUAUAUUUUUUUUAUAUAUACUAUUGUACAAAUGUUAGACCAUGUGAGAAAAAAAAAAGUGUAAUCUGAUGGGUAAAAUUGAAAAUAAAUAUAUCCACUGGAAUAAACAGCUGAAAAUGUU